AUGGAUUGUCAGAUGCAAUUUGUCAUACACCCCCAAACAAAACAAACUCCAGCCAGGUCCGAUGAGAGAUUUUCACUAAUAAUGGCUGCGUGCUUGACAGACUCCCAAAGCGACGCAUUGAGCGAUUGCCUAACGGACAGCGAACUAGAGGAAGACGACGGCACAUCCGAACAAUUCGAAUUUCCGAAUAGCACGACCUGCUGGGUAUGCAACGGUUACUACGGGCCCAACUUUGGCGAACCAAUAUGCGGCACUUGUCACGCAUUCCUCUACCCAACAAACCCCAAUGAGGAGCAGGAAUUUGCUACGGAACUGUCAGACAACGAAGACUCCGGAAACGACGAGCCUCCAUUCACGGCGGCGGACAAGGAGCGACAGGAACGCGAGGAGAAAACUGAUCACGAACGUGAUUUGCCCGCGCUUGAAAUUCCAGGACUGCUGAAUAAUGAUCCCUCCGAGGACGACGUGGUCCUGGUCAAUGAGCGCUUUCCAAUCCGACGACCCAGCCCGGCACCUCCCAGGGAACUUUCUCAAUACAUGGAGCUUCUCUCGGUUCCGCAAAAUUUCGAUAAAUCAGAAAUGAAAAUCACUUCGCUUCCCGUCGAGGUGCUAAUAUCGAUUUUCUCAUAUUUGGACGACAUUUCACUGUGGAAUGUGAGCGAGGUGUGCCGACAAUGGAAGGGAAUCCUCGAAAUGAACACGACCCAGAUCAUGUGGCGAAAAUAUUUGAAGGAGCGCUGGCCACUCUUUCAGAAUCUCGUCGAAGUUCCAAAUUGGCUUCUGAUGUACUCCUCCCUCAUGUCUUCGUGCUUCUGCCGGACAUGCCUCCUUCAAAUGGCACUCAAAUCCCCAGAGAGCGGAAGAGAGAACGCCAUUCGCAUGAAUCGUUUGCGGUUCGAGUCACGCUCUUUGAACUACGACGCUUCGGAAGGCAUCGAGGCCCUGCCACUGGACAAACACAAUUCACAUUGGCAAGCGACGAUUUUGGGACCCGCGGGCAGUCCCUACGAAGGCGGGAAGUUCUUUCUUUACAUUUAUUUCCCCGAUUCUUAUCCGAUGCUGCCACCCAUUGUUCGCUUCUUAACCAAAAUUCUGCAUCCAAACGUGUCACGGCACGGAGACGUCGGGAUUGAUAUCAUCCAACACAACUGGUCGAUUGCGCUGACAGUGUCGAAGUUGCUGCUUUCGGUACAGAGCCUUCUUACGGAUCCGUUCACCGAAAUCUGUAUGGAACCCGAACUGGGUGUUAUGUACGAGCACGACCGACAACGAUAUGAAACGCUGGCCCGAAGCUGGACAUGGAAAUUCGCAAUGUUCGAAGUGAUACCUCCUCGAUAAUGACGGGAGACCGAUUGAGACUGUUCUUAGUUUGUAAUUUUUUAAUAUUUAGGAUAGAAUUAAGAUUCGUCCUGGAGGCCCUGCAGAGAGGUCCAUUGGACUGCAAGUGGUAGGUAUCGUCGCAGAUAUUUGUACACAUAUCGUUUCAUUUGAUCGUGAGAAAUGAUUUCGCUCAUUCAGUUCGUAAUUUGUGCAAAAAGUCAGGAAGUUUGUGUAUCCAAUAAAUAAGCACUCGCCACUUUUGGAGUAAUCUAGAA